UCCACAAGCCAGAGGGAAACACAUUUCUUUGGGGUCCAUUUCCAGUGGUGCUUAUUCUCUUCUUCUUGUUCUGGGAAAGUCCUUCAAUGGAAGACUAUAACAGAUCAAAGUCCUAUGCUGGCAGUGGGACUAUGCAGAUGGUCAACUACUAUGGUCCCCCAAGAGCAGCUCCCAGUUCUUAUGAGCUCAGGAGUUACAGUACCUCCUAUGCUCAGGCCCAGAUGGGGAAUUAUAACUACAACAACAGGGAUUUGAAGAAGGGGAAGACUGCUUCUGUGUCUAGGUCAAAGUCGUCUUCUUGGGCUCUGGCUGAUCCUGAGUUGCAGAGGAAGAAGAGGGUUGCUAGCUACAAGAUGUAUUCUGUUGAGGGAAAGAUGAAGGGUUCCUUCAGGAAAAGCUUCAGGUGGCUUAAGGUUAAGUACAGCCAGUUCUUUUAUGGGCUAUCCUGAUUUGGUUGUGGGUGAUCUUUUAGCUCUUGUUCUAGUUUUAUCUUCAAGUCCUGAAAGACAGUGCUGUAUUUUGGUUUUUUAAUGAGCUGUUUGAGUCACUGAGAUAAUGUUAUAGUUGUGAACUUGUGAUGAUAAAGAUCAUAAAUUGAGUUAGUGCAAAUGGAUUGAAAUGUAAGUUGUGUGAGCUGUUGGUACUAUAUCAUUAUAUUGCCUCUUUUUCUCUCA